CUCGGUAUAAGGGAACUGUUGGACGGCAUUUCAAACUCCUUACGUACAGCUGCAACCGCAACCAUUGGUUUUCGGCAAUUGCAAAAGAACAGCUGGUAUGACGAAGAGUGCCGUGUCGUGCACGAAAAUUCUACGAAAAGAUGCGGUGACUUACAGAAGGUUUCAAUACCGGAGCAUACUCUUGUAGAACCCCCAAAGGUGAUCUAGUCAUCGAUGCCCAAAGCAUACUUAAAUUAUGGAGGGAACACUUCUCCAGCCUGCUGAAUGGCAGUGCACGUUCAACGCCAGAAGAAGGCGAACCCGAUUCCCCAGUCGAUGACGAUGGAGCAGACGUUCCAUUGCCCGACAAUGAAGAAGUUCGACUAGCAAUUACCCGCCUGAAAAACAACAAAGUGGCGGAGCCGAUGGAUUGCCGGCCGAGCUAUUCAAACACGGCGGCGAAGAACUGAUAAGGAGCAUGCAUCAGCUUCUUUGUAAAAUAUGGUCAGACGAAAGCAUGCCCAACGAUUGGAAUUUAAGUGUGCUAUGCCCAAUCCAUAAAAAAAGAGACCCACAAUCUGCGCCAACUACCGUGGGAUAAGCCUCCUCAACAUCGCGUACAAGGUUCUGUCGAGCGUAUUGUGUGAAAGAUUAAAGCCCACCGUCAACAAACUCAUUGGACCUUAUCAGUGUGGCUUUAGAACUGGAAAAUUAACAACCGACCAGAUAUUCGCCAUGCGCCGAAUUUUGGGAAAGACGCGUGAAAAGAAAAUCGACACGCACCACCUAUUCGUCGAUUUCAAAGCUGCUUUUAACAGCACGAAAAGUAGCUGCCUCUAUGCCGCGAUGUCUGAAUUUGGUAUCCCCGCAAAACUAAUACGGCUGUGUAAACUGACGUUGAGCAGCACCAAAAGCUCCGUCAGGAUCGGGAAGGAUCGAUACCAAACGAGGUUUCAGAUAAGGCGACUCUCUGGCACAUGAGUAUGAUGGGGGGAAAUGGCUGCCGGGCUAAUGUCGAAACUGCCUCCGUCCCGUUAAAACCUUGGCAGGCCUCAGAGUACGUUCCCCCCGUCGCCGUUAAGUUGGCGUGGUAGGUGUAAGUUGAGAGGACUCCUUCUUUAUGCUGGUCGGUUCUGAACGUACUGCGACUACCUUUCCGGGGGACGCAUAGCGGCUCUGAGUGGGGACCCUUAUAGCAUGGACACAUCAAACACUAUAAAUACGGACGAGAAGGUGACGAAGGGAGGUGAAGGGGCGUCGAAAUCGACGCCCAGAUCUGUCCCGGGCGGGGCUGCUGCUCUCGCGGCGACGAAAUCGCCACUAGGUAGCUGCAGCAACGGUACUAAGAGCCAGAGUCUCCGCAUCAAGCGGCAGGAGGGGGGAAGCCGGUGCAAACCCGCCGGCAAAAGACAUAGUGAAGGGUGGAGCCUUCAUACACGGCGGAAUCGCCAGCACUAGCAGAGGAACUUCUGCUAGAAUUAUGAAGGGGUCCACAGGGGCAUCAGCAAAAGGGCUUUAGCCAGGAAGCUGAAGUCGGACCGUCGAUUAGCGGCAAAGAUAGUGAAACGCUACGGUGGUGAGCAUGCUGGUCAGGUAUCUGACUUGAACCAGCGGUUAAGCAACAGAGGUCGCACGAGGGAGAAACCUCCCGAAAUCGAAAUCGCUAAAGGUGCUGGUGCAAGAGUACUUGGUGUGCUCGACCGCAGUAGGGAGGACGGGGCUAUCUCUCAUGAAGAGUGGAAGAGAGUGGCGGCGGCUAUCUCCUCGGUAUUCCUCAAGGUGGUCAAGGAAAAUCCUGGGCUAUCAGCUAUGGGUUCGAGAUGGUAGUACUGAAGGUACUCCCAACGGAUGCCAGGGAUGAUAACACUCAAGCUGCAGAUGCGGGGGAGAAGGCAGAAGGCGUUAAUGAUGGUCAAAUGACCAUGGAAAACGACCCAAACUCCUCGGACGUGGCAAUUUCUGGAGGCAGUUCGUCAAUCGGCGACUCCGUCUUCAGCCUCGAACAAUUGUUUGAGGAGGUGAGGGUCGAUCGCUACUUCAGCGCUGAAUUGGCGCUCCUAGAGGAGAGUCUGAAGGAUGAGAUUCUUCCAGAUUAACCUCCAUCACGCAAAGGCCGCCUCCGCCAAUCUACUGCUUCGUCUGGAGCAAGACGAAGCCGAUGUGGUCCUGAUCCAGGAACCGUGGCUAAGUGGCAACGGAAUAUCUGGACUGAGCACGAAGAGUCAUAAGCUGUUGACGGCCAAGGAUGCAGGUAGAAGUAGAGCCUGUGUGCUGGUCAGAAACGAACUAACGGUAUUUCUUUUACCUAAUUUCAGCAACGCGGACAUAGUUACAGCCAAGCUAGAGUGCAAGACCGGGAAUGUCUGGCUCAUCUCCGCAUAUAUGCCUCACGACGAUAAGGUGGAGCCACCGCCCGCACUGCUAAGGAGAACCUUGGCUGAAGCGUCUCGGAAUGGUGCCGGUGUCAUCAUCGGCUCGGACGCUAAUUCGCGACAUUCGAUAUGGGGGAGCUCGGAUACCAACACUAGAGUUGAGUCGCUUUUUGAUUUUAUUGUUAACGAAAAUUUUCGCAUUUGUAAAAGGGGAAAUUCUCCUACUUUUGAGACCGCAGGCAGGAAGGAGGUUCUCGACCUCACCCUAGCCUCACACGGUAUUGCGCCGCUGAUCUCGAACUGGAGGGUUCUUGAAGAGCACUCCUUUUCUGAUUAUAGGUAUAUCGGGUUUAGUCUAGACGGAGAAGGUCCGCCUAGGAAAUCUUUCAGAAAGCCCAGAAACACGGAUUGGGAAGGUUACCGCAGAAGUUCGGCAAACUCUCCCACGCGCACCGGGGGUGGACGAGUUGGCCACCGCCGAUGUGGUGGAUGGGUGGGUCGAAGCUUUCAGCUCGGCGUGCAACACUGCACUAGAGAGCUCCUGUCCAUUGAAAACACAGAAGGGCAGAGGGAAACCUCAAUGGUGGACCUUGUAACUCUCGGAAAUUAGGGUGUCCUGCAGACGCUUAUUUAACAAGGCCCAUAGGAGUGGGGCAUUUGAUGAUAGGGUCUUGUAUAAAACAGGAUUUUCGAUGUACAAGUCUGAGUUAAGAAGGGCUAAGAGGAUCUCGUUGAGGAGCUUCUGCGAAAAAGUGGAGGGCUGUCACGAGUCCUCUAGAUUCAUGCGCAUCCUCGCGAAAAACCCUGUGUCCCUGAGGUAUCUCAAGGAUGUAAAUGGGAAGUGAGCGCUGAGCAGUGAAGAGACACUUCAGAUGCCCCUCGAUGCUCACUUCCCCAGUAACACGUCAUCUGUGGAGGUAUCUCUCUGAGCGCUGCAUGCUGACUACACGGCCUUUGUCGACCUUCUGGAUGAGCGUCACUUGACUUGGGCAAUUAACUCGUUCAAACCAUUCAAGUCCCCGGGACCUGACGGCAUCAUACCAGCGCAGCUGCAGCAGGCUGUUAAGGUAUCAAGCGGCUGGUUGGCACCGAUCUAUGCGAACUGCAUCAG